CACUAGGAAUGGGACCAUGCAAUUGAUUUUCACCCAAGUUCAACCAUACCAUGUUCGUCAAUUUGAUUCCAAAACCCUUAGGAAUGGUCCCGCUCAACUUGUUAUUCCUAAGAAUCAAACUCCUGAGCCCUGUCAAGGUUUCGAAGUUCUUCGGUAAAUUUCCCGUCAGACCGUUGUGGGAGAAAUCUAGUCGCUGCAAGAGCGAGAAAGCGCUCAGUUCCGACGGCAAGACACCGUCUAAUCCAUUCUGAGAUAAAUCUAGGGCGAGGACGUCUCCAUCUUCGUUGUUGCGGUGUUCGGUAGAGUCUGCAAUACAUUUUACCCCGUGCCAACUGCAGAAUCCGGCACCGGUCAUCCAGUUGGUUUGAUUAACCCACUGGCCAUUGGCGUUUGGGUCGAUAUGGUCCUCUGUGCCGGCCGUGCUGUAAAACAAAACGGCGAGUGCGUACCGUUGCAUCGCAUGGGCAUCUGCAACGUCUAGCUUGGCUCCGUCGUCAUUCGCCAGCCACUGCAAGGCAUGAUACUGAGGAGUCCCCGUAGUUUCGAUGUCCCCUUCCAAGCUCAGUCCCAACUCAACAAUCUUGCUUUGAAAUUCCUGGAUUCGUUUUUCGUCGACGUGUUCGGGGCUUUCCCUGCCACUUGCUACCACGAAGCUCGUCCACACGCACACGGCAAGAAUCCCAAUCAAAACUAUCGCACACAGACAUCUUUUCGAGCUGUAGUCGCGCCCUCUCGUGUUUUCGUUGCCGUAAGGGACCGAGGUCACUGUGGGAAAUCCGCUAAGAUUGGUAUUCCUUCUUACAGACUUGUUGAAGUUCACCGAGCCGAACGACUCGUCUUCGUCGUAGAGAAACCUUCUGGCGCUCUCAAUCUUCGAAUUCGAAAGGCCCUGAUUAUAACUUCCACGACGCAUAAUGCCAUCAUUAUUUAAAGAAGUCAUGCCAAAGUCCAGUGGUAAGUAGUUUUGGCUAAAUGUGUGAUAUUGAAGCAAAAAAGUUUGAUGAUUGCCAGAUUAUGCGACUUUUCAAUACUCGUGCUGUUACAAUCCCUCCUGAUUUUUUGUACGGCUUAAUGCAGUUUUUCUU